AUGGAAAAAUCCAAAAAUUUCCGGAUCGAUGCUCUCCUAGCAGUCGACCCUCCCAAAGCAGCCGCCGCCGCCUCCGCACAGACCUCACCGCUGGCCUUGGUCACCUCCCUCGCCAACACAUCUGGCCACAGCAGCAGCAGUAACAGCAGCAGCUGCAGCCCCCCGUCCUCCUCCGAGCGCCACAGCGGCGGCUCCUCGGACUGCCUGCGGACUGAGAGCCCUUCGCCGCCGCGGAUCCUCGCCGCGCAUUGCGGGCUGGUGCCCAAGCCCGGCUUCCUGACCAGCACCAGCAGCACCAGCAGCCAUCACCACCACCAUCACUCCGCCGGGGGCAUGGCCCUGGGACUGCACCAGGGGGGAGCGGGCAUCCCCACCCAGGCCGCCCUCUACGGGCACCCCAUGUACAGCUAUUCGGCAGCCGCUCUGGCCGGGCAGCACCCCGCUUUGUCUUACUCCUACUCCCAGGUGCAAGGGGCUCACCCUUCUCACCCUGCCGCAGACCCCAUCAAACUCAGUGCCGGGACUUUUCAGCUGGAUCAGUGGUUACGAGCAUCCACAGCGGGCAUGAUCCUCCCCAAAAUGCCGGACUUUAACUCCCAGGCGCAGUCCAACCUGCUGGGGAAGUGCCGGCGGCCCCGCACCGCCUUCACCAGCCAGCAGCUGCUGGAGCUGGAGCAUCAGUUCAAACUGAACAAAUACCUCUCCAGGCCCAAGCGCUUCGAGGUGGCCACGUCUCUCAUGCUCACGGAGACCCAGGUGAAGAUCUGGUUCCAGAACCGGCGCAUGAAGUGGAAGCGGAGUAAAAAGGCCAAGGAGCAGGCGGCGCAGGAGGCCGAGAAGCAGAAGAGCGGGCUGGGCGGCGAGGACAAGGCGGACGAGGAGCUGCUGUUGCCGGCCCCGGAGAAGAGCAGCGGCCGCCGGCUGCGGGAGCUCCGAGACAGCGACCCCGAGGAGGAGGAAGCCGGACACUGCUGCCCCUACAACUCCUCCGACUGCUCCGAGGGUGACGAGGAGGAGACACAGCCCCGCAGUAGGCACGCUGCCCCGCUGCAGCCGCCCCCCGGCCAGCCCCAGUGAGCCGGCAGGGGGCUCCCCUUCUCCCUGCUGCUGCUAUCCGGUCCCAGACCUUUUAGCCAAACUCCAGCCUGCCCACCCUCACCCCAGCCACCUUCCAGACAGACCCCUCUGCCCACCCUUACCCCAGUAACCUCCAGGCAGACCCCUCUGCCCAACCCCACCCCAGCCACCAGACAGACCCCUCUGCCAACCCCUACCCCAGCAACCUCCAGACAGACAGACCUCUCUACCCACUCCUACCCCAGCCACCUCCAAACAAACACCUCUGCCCACCCCGCCUCAGCCACCUCCAGACAGACACACACUCCUCUGCCCACCCCUUCCCCAACCACCCCACACACCUCUGCCCACCCCAUCCUUAAGCCCCUUCGCCAGACCACCCACCUUUCUCCUCGACGCCCCCUUUCCUCCACCAUCCCUUACUCGGGCCCUAGUGACACACAUCUGCCCACUGCCCCAUGCCACCAUCAACACAUACUCCUCUGCCCCAUCCCUACACAUCUGCUUUUGCUCCAUCUUUGCAGCCUUUGGCUUCAGUGAAAUGAGUCCCAAAUGCAGCCAUCUUCCUGCACAGGAGGAAGAACAGCCAAUCUUAUACCAGUAUCUUUUAUUUCUACAUGGGAAAUACUCGGUCUUCAGCUGCGCACAAACCCAGAUCCAUCAUUGCUCUUUGGUGUCAGCAUUUCCGCGGUCAUGUAACAAACAAACAGAGAGACCAAGCAGGUAAUAUUAGAGGUGAGCAGCUUUGGUAAGGUUUGGAUUUUUUUCUUUUGUUUUGAGGAUUCUUCUUCCUACACAUGCUAGAGAAGAUUUACAGUUCACCACAGUGUUAAGAGACAUUUAAAAAACUUGAACCCUACCCAUGGAAACUCUAUUCUUUUGCUGAGUAUUGGAGAUGUUUUGUGCUUAUUAUAUAGCUGGAAAACUGUCAUGAACGUUAAAACUGCUGGAAAUCUCAAGACUGUACUGUCUUUAUUUUUGUAUAUUGUAUUUAUAAAAAGGGGUACCUCGACUUAUGCAUGCUAAAUUAUU